AGCCCGGGGCUUUGGGGUGUGUAAGGAGCUGGUGGGGGUCAAGACAUGGAUGGGCCUGUUCGUGCUGCUCUUGAGCCCAUUAUCUUAUCACGGUGCCGGGUGUGAGCUCUGUGGGGCUGUGGUUUGUCUGUGCUCUCCAAAUAACACCAGGGGCAGCCUUGGGAUGGGGGGACACCCCCCAGGCGUGCUGCAGCAGGAGGGACAGGGUCACCCUGGCAGAGCCUGCCCUGCUCCAGCCACUGCAGCGGGAAAUGGCUGGAAGAGGGGAAUGUUCUCGAAGGGGGCUCAGCUGGGCAGAGCGGGGGGGUUGGGGCAGCCUCAGGAUCCUUGGGUCCCUCAGCCUUCAGGCCCUGGUGAAUCUGCAGGGCCUUUGGUUGGCAUCAUUUUGGUUUUGCACAUUUGUGAAUAUUUGUACUUCGAGCCCUAUUAAGUGAAUCCAGCUGGAGCUGUGUGGUGACUGCAGGAGCUGGGCCGUGCCUCGGGGGGGCUGUGGAGGCCGGGGUGUCCCAGUUAACCAGAUCCCCCUGAGGGUUCUGGGUGCCUUUUUGGGGUCUGAGUCCUGCUCUGGGGACUGGUCACCUGCAGCAGUUCCUCGUUGCUGUGGCACAGUGUGUCUGUGUCCCCUCCUGAGGGCACAGGUGGGGCCGUGCCCCUCCAGCCCCGAGCCAGAGGGGCAGCUCUGCGUGGGUUGUUUUGGUUCUUGUCACAAACAACUGCGUGUCCUUGUGCCAAGGCCUUGUGCUGGGAGCGGCUGCCCCAUCUGGGAUAACAGUCCUGGAUCCAGCCAGGGGCUCCCCGGUCCUUGGGGCUGUCCCCUGCUCUCAGGGCAGGGGACAGUGCUCAGUGCUGGGGUGUCCCUGAGCACCCAGACCUGUCCGUGCCCCCCGUGUGCUUGGCCAGAGCUCCUGGCUGUGACUCAGGGAUCCCAAACCCUCCUGGGUUUCCCUCCCCACUGUGUGCAGGGAGGUGGGGGCAGGCGGGUGAGCCCAGAGAUGGGGAGAGCUGGUGGCACGGCCCGGGGAAUCACACUGGUGAGCAUGGCUGCCAAGAGGGGUUCCCAGUAAAUGCUUUGGAAAGGGACAGUGCAGCUUCUGGCUUCCUCCUGUCCCUCCAGCACCUCCCUCUGAGCCCACACUGCUCACCUGAGCAUGAGGGGUUUUCUGGCACAUGGUGGAGAAUGGCAGCCCUGGCAGUGGAGAGAACAUCCCGGGGAGCAGCAGGACUGUUCUGAAUGGCAGAUGGGACUCAAAUUACCUCGGGAAAGCUGGGGACAGGCAGGGGGAGACUGGGGCUCCCCAGGGCCGGGCUGCUGGCACAGUGAGAGGGUGACCUCCCCCUGGGCCACGUUGUUGAAAUGGGGGAGGAAGGUCAGGCUCCCUGCAGGAGGGUGCAGGGGCUGACGUCAAAGGAAGCAGCUGUAAUUCACAGGUUGCUGGAGUGGUGCUCUCCAGGCCGUAAUUCAUCCCAGAAAUGUCAUUUCAGCCUUGAGCGUUAUCGCUGCUCUGCCGUAUCCCACUGCUGGGGCAGAUAACAGAGCCUGGGGAGCUGGGGGGCUGCCCGGGGCUGCCCCUCACUCCCAGUCCCAGGCUCAGCAGCUCAGUGGAUUUAACAUUCAGUGUUCUGUGGGCUGCCCUGGUUCUUGUGCACAGUGUUUGCAGAGGCUCAGUCUGGCUCCUUAUUCCUUGAUGGUUGUGCUGUGAGAUGGUGUCGUCCAUCGUUACCCCUCAUUAUCCCUCAUUAUCCACUGUUACCCAUCACAGGUUGGGCUCGGUAACCUUGGAGGUCUUUUCCAGCCUUGCUGAUGGUGUGACUGUGAUCUGCUGCUUGUCACAGCUGAUGGUCCGUGCCGGGGACCCCCGGGCCGUGUCUGUCCCCGGCAAGGGAGGGCCUGCAAGGUGGCAGGAGCUGGGCAGGGGCUCUGCCUGUCCCCUGCCCCCCGGAGCCGCAGUGGCCGGAGCGGACGAGGCCGGGGCGCUCCCGUGUCCCGCACGCUCCCGGCCCCGUGCGCACGGCGCUGACCCCGGCAGAUGCGCGGGGAGCCGGGGCCGGCCUUGGCCCGCGGGGCCCAGCCCGGAGUGACGCUCUUAUCUCCCGGCUGACGGGGCAGAAUCCUUCAGCCACCUCUACUUAAGGCCGGGCUCGGCGGGGCCGGGGCAGAGCAGCGCUCGGCGCAGACGGACGGACCCUGCUGCCACCACCGCAGCCACCACCGCAGCCUCCGCCAGCCCACGGCUCCGACCCUGCAGGGAGAUGCUUCCAGCCACGUCCAAGCUCUGCGCCGCCAUCUCCUACCGCCACCUGCGCAACAUGACCGGCUUGAGGAGACAAGCUGCCGUGGCCAUCAGCCAGGAGCUGAGCAGGCUGGCCAGCCGUGGCCCCGGACCCAGCACCUGGAUCCACCAGGUGCGCAGGAGGAGCUCCCUGCUCAGCUCGAGGCUGGAGGAGAAACCCUUCAGUGACAUGCAAAUGUCUUACAUCAAGCAAGGAGAGGAAGCCCUGCAGAAAUCCCUCAGAAUCCUCGAGGACCAGAACGACUGGAAGACAGAGACGGUGGCGGGUAACGGAGACAAAGUGCUGAGCAAGGUGCUGCCGGACGUGGGGAAGGUGUUCCGGCUGGAGGUGGUGGUGGACCAGCCCCUGGACAUGGUGUAUGGAGAGCUGGUGGACAACAUGGAGCAGAUGGGAGAGUGGAACCCCAACGUCAAAGAAGUCAGGAUUCUGGAGAAGAUUGGGAAGGACACGGUGAUCACGCACGAGACGGCGGCGGCACCCCCCGGGAACCUGGUGGGGCCGCGGGACUUUGUGAGCGUGCGGUGCUCCCGGAGGCGCGGCUCCACCUGCGUCCUGGCUGGGAUGUCCACCACGCACGGGGCCAUGCCCGAGCAGGAGGGCUUCAUCAGGGCUGAGAACGGUCCCACCUGCAUGGUCCUGCGCCCGCUGCCCGGCAGCCCCUCCCAGACCAGGCUCACCUGGCUGCUCAGCAUCGACCUCAAGGGGUGGCUGCCCAAGAGCAUCAUCAACCAGGUGCUGUCCCAGACACAGGUGGACUUCGCCAAACACCUGCGGCAGCGCCUGGCCCGGCCGGGGCCGUGACCGCCGACCACGCCCCGCUGACCACCCCGAGCAGGGCUUCCUUCAGGGGGCAAAGUCUGGCAUCACUCACUUCAAUUAGCCAAGGCCUUUAAUAGCAGACUCCACUAAUUAAUACAUAGUUACAAUCGAGAAAUAUAAAGGUUUAUUUAUUGAAGCUCAUUGUGUAAGUGCAGGACCAAAGUUUUAAUUCCUGCAGUUGCUUAACUGAGCACGUGCUGGCCCAGUCAGCCAACUCCACCCUCCCUAAUUAGUUUCAGUGAAUAAAUAAAGCUUUAAUUAGUGCUGUCUACACUUAAAGGUCUGGGCUAAUUAGUUAUUAGGGAGAUAGCUGAUUGGGAAUGUACAUCCUCAGUGAGGCAAACACAGGCCUGACUGAACCUCAAAUUUCACUCUCCCAAAACUCAGAGCACUUAUAUAACAAUUUUGUUUUCUCUCCCCAUCAAAGCAGCUCUAAUUUAUUUUUCCUGUACCAACACAUAAGAAAUGUCUAAUUAUUU